GAACUUUGACACUUCUCACAUCUUGCCGCCUUGCGCGAAUCUUGCUUUUUUUUUAUAGAAAAGUAGGGGGUACCACAGUUUAGAGGAAAUAUACACCCAUUUAUUUUUAUUUUCUCCAAAGAAAUUUUAAGUUUUCGUUGUUAAAAGUGCCUUUCAUUGCUUCUUCACAAACUUUUAUUCAGUUUCCAGUGAAUUUUCAUAAUGUCUGGAGAUCACGAAGUGACUACUCCUGACGACUUGGACCAUGAACCGGAGUCCACCUACAAACCACCACCGGAAAAGACAAUUGACCAGAUUUUGGAAAUUGAUCAGGACGAUGAGAGCUUGAGGAAGUACAAGGAAACUUUGCUUGGCCAGGCACAGACUGGACCAAUUAUUGUGGAGCCUGACAAUCCAAGAAAGGUAAUUGUGAAGCGGCUGGUAUUGAUACCAACUGAUAGACCUGAAAUAUCUCUGGAUUUGACCGGUGAUCUCUCAAAAUUGAAAAAGGAAACGUUUGUCAUCAAAGAGGGAGUUUCUUAUAGAAUAAGAAUCGAGUUUCUGGUGCAGAGAGAGAUUGUACACGGACUGAAAUAUGUGCAGAAAACUAGCAAAUUGGGAAUUACAGUCGAUAAAAUGACCCACAUGGUGGGUUCCUACGCUCCCAAAACCGAAAUCCAAUCGUACACAACACCUGCGGAAGACGCCCCAUCUGGUUUGAUGGCACGAGGUUCUUACACUGUCCAUUCUUUGUUCACUGAUGACGAUAAAAACGAACAUCUAAAAUGGGAAUGGACUUUCGAAAUUAAAAAGGAUUGGAAGGAUUAAUAGAAUAGUAGUAAUUUUCGUUUGAUGCUUAAGCAAUUUAUAUUUUAAGUAAUAAUCCUUUUUUCGUGAUUUGAAGUAUUAAAAGCAAAAGCAAACAAUAUUAAAGUUUAAGGAUUUAAAACGCUGAUUAACCUAUUUACCCAAUUUUUAUAACCUUAGACCUUAUAUCGUAAUGUAAAUUUUUGAGAAACCAUUUUACUAUACAAAAAAUUGAGCUUUAUAAGAGAUGCUUUAUUUAGUCAAUUAUUGUGUGAGUGUAAUUUUAUGUAAAAGGAGUAUUUGAAGGUUUAAAUAAUUUAAAACAAAAACCAGUGAUGCCUUUUUACUCCUCAGGAUUUAAAAAUAAAUAAGUAAAAGACUAAUAUUCCUUAUAGCAAUAGUUUUCAUUUGAAACAAAUAUCUGAAGCUCUAAAGCAUUUAUUUCUGUUUCUAGUCUUAUUUGCUCAUUUUUUUACUUUCCUUACGAGGAAAGUAUUAUGUUUUAUAAUUAUUAGGUAAUUGUUUAUUUUUCCUCUUCAAAUAAUGCUUCAAAGUUAUCUAGCUAUAAUUAUUCUAAAGAAACUAUGUAUCUUCCAAUGUUUCCAAAAUGUAACUGCCGGUAAAAUUGAAACAAGAUCCAAAAAUACUUAUUAUUAUAAACUAUUUGUUCGUAAAUUUUAAUUAAGUCAGAGUGUUUAUAGGUAAUAUUAUUGUGUGAAGUUUUUUUUUGCUUAAAAUAGUACAAUAUGUACUUUUAGAAUACAUUUUGAGGAAUAAACUAUGUACCUAUGUAUA